AUGGCCACGUCGCACGGCAUCACGCGGCUGAAUCGACAUCGCUUCGGUCGUGGAUUUCAUAUCGCCGCGCACGACCGCAUCGGCUAUCAGAUUCGUAAAAGGAAUUCUCGCGCUGAGCCAAAUGUGGCUGAGGAGGAGCCGCCAUUGUUGCAGAACUGUUCGCACCCUUCAGAAGUCGCAGCCACUCCACGAGGGAUAGCCGUGGACAGCGCCAAAUCAGUAGAGUUCCUACGGCUAAAUGUGGGUGGACAUCGAUUUAUGCUCAAGAAAGAAACGAUACUCGAGCGAAAAGUCGAACGACUGAGUCUUGCCGACGCGUACUUCUCUUCUACGAAUGAGUACUACUUCGAGCGACCGCCCGCUUUGUUCCACAUUGUCUACCAGUUCUACUUAAGCGGACAAAUACAUCAGCCGUCGCACCUAUGUCCGAUUGAUAUACUGGAUGAACUGGACUACUGGGGCAUCAUGCCUGAUAGCUACCUCGCUCCCUGCUGCUGUGCUGAAGAUAAGAAUGAUCUCGACACAAUCUCAUCGUUCUCCUCCGAAGAAUCACCAAACCAAUUCAAACAACUGCGUUUCGGCGAGUUCCGGCGGAAGGUUUGGAACCUUAUCGAAGAGCCCACAAGUUCCGGUUACGCCCAGGUUUUUGCCACGUUAUCCGUGCUGUUCGUGCUGAUAUCUAUUUCUGGACUCGUCCUCGGCUCACUUCCGGAGCUCCAGAUUUCCGUACAAAAGAAUACUACUCAA